AUGUUGGAUUAUCGCUAAUCGAUGACAAGCAUUCAAGAUUCAAAUGGAUUUUAAAAUGAUUUUUCUGAGAGAGGAAGAAAGAUUAUUGAUGGAUCAAUCUCAUAUUAAUACAAGUCUCAUAUUUCAGAGAUUAAAACACUCAAGUAACAGCUUAAAACAUUUUUAGUUUAUGGUCAGUACCAUGAUUACGAUGACAAUGAUCCCAUAUUUUAGCUUUGCAUUUAAACUCCUAUAAAUCAUGAGAAUCCAGUAGCCAAGGCAUGCUACUCUUGCUCUAAGAAAGGGGGAGAUGAUGUUACUUGCGAAUUCUGUGGAUACAAGUCUUGCACUGAAUGCACCUAAAAGAAAAGGAAGUUCCCUGGUCAGCCGGUAAUGGAUAAAGCAAGUAAAUUGAAAAAGGGGAAAAUCUGUAAAGUUUGUGAGAGGAAGUUUUAGCUGAAAAUUUUGCACUUAAGGGAAAUGAGCAAAAUCGCUGAUAAAGAACAGACAAUCGAGAACUUAAACAAGUAGCUAGAAGGUAAUUAGUCGUCUUUGGAAUAAAUCAAAAGAGAAUGCUAAGACAAAAGGUAGUAAAUAAUGAGGGCAGAAGCAUAGAAUAAUAACAUCUAAGAGUAAUAGAAUUUGGACAUUGAAAGAAUGGAGGAUCUUGUGAAAUCUGGAUAGGGACAAAUAAAAAAGACGGAGACAUAAAUCUAAGAUCUUAUAAAUAAGAAUCAAGAUAUGAAGUCCAAAAAGAAAUAAAAAGAGGAAAACCUAAAGUCAGUUGAGAAGCAAAUUGACAAAAAGAACGAGUGUAUGGAUAGAUUGGCUAAAGAACUUAAAUACCUAAGUGCAAAGUUUAACUAAAUUAGAGCAUAGCUAUUUGAAGAAUCGUAAAAGGGACCAAUUAUGGGUACCUAUCAAUCUAACUAUUUGAAUACUAAUGUAAAAGAUGAUAUCAGAGAGGAUCCAAAUAUACCUUUGAUCAUUAAGAACAGAACGGAAAGAAAAACUUCCCAGUAGUAAUCUAGGCAUGCGGAUAGAAUGCUUCAUACUGAUGCAAGAACUAACAGUUCGAGGUCAAAUUAGCAUCUUGAUCAUUUUGCCACAGCUUCUAUUUUGAAAGCAAAUAGGAAUAGUGGGGGCCUUAAUAAGAAAAUGAAUGAUAACAUUGAUAAGAAAGCAUGUUGCGAGAGUAAUUGCAAUAUUAUUUGA